CAUUCAGAACUACAUUACCAAAUAACUCUUGAUUGUAUGCUGGUUAUUGCCAGCAACAUAGUAAUACUCAAGCGCAGCAUUAAGCUCGUGGAUGGCUGACGGUCAUCGAUGUGGAAAUCCGUCCGACGACUCUGAACAAUCUUCCCGGACGCCUGUGCCAUCUGUCGACGACCUUUCGAGACCUUCGACUCCCGAUUUUCCUACUGCGGAGCUCACUAAUGCACUUGAAGAGCAGUGUUUUGGGAUUGUCAAUUUCACUAUCGUAUCGUCCACUGUGCACGAAGCAUUUGCGCGUGUCGCCCUUCUCGAAGGAAACACUGUCAUCAUCUCGCUUUCACCUCGCGGGUAUACGGCUGGGAUAGGGCCUGGGCAGGAACCGCGAGAGAUGCCGACAGAGUCCAUACUAGAGCUCUCGUACGAGAGCAUCGAGGACAUCCUGACGGUGUUGAGUUCUCGCUAUGCAGAUGCGCGUCGGGACAGAUUGUUUGCUAAGCUGCAGGCGCUAUCACCAUGAAGAAUAAUAAUUAUUUACUCCAAUUA